CCCACGGUUGCUGCAUUCUCGAAUUUUAGAUCUUUUUACGACCGCCUCGAGCUCUCGCGCUCUUUGUUUGUUCACGACAUUCACCUGAUUACAUUCCAAUAUCAUCUUCCAGUUGACGCGUCGUAAUGUCGUUUGCGCUCCCCGCUCGUCAAGUCACCUUCGGCCGUUCGGCUCCCGUGCCACCUCAGCAGCAGCAGUACCAGCAGUCACAACCACAACCCUACGCUCAACAGCCACAGCCGCAGACGAAUGGCCUGGCACUGCCGUACCCCACCUACUCUAGUCUUCCGGGACCGUCAACGGGUCUUGCGCUCCCUGGCCCCGCGCCCGCCGCGUACCAGUCGCAGCCCCAACCGGCGCAACCGCCACAAGCUCAGGUCCAGACGCAGCAACCACAGCAGAGCCAGCAGCAGCCCCAGAAGCAAGCGUCACCCGGAGCGAGCGGAAGUCACACCCCCGCGAUCGCCGGCCCAUCUACGCCAGCGCCGACAACGAUCCCUUCAACUCCAGUGCCACUGACGCUCGAACAGCAGCACAUCACUGCCGUCGAGGGCAUCGUGCCGACGCUGCAGAACAUCGUCGCGACCGUCAACCUGGACUGCCGUCUCGACCUGAAGACGAUCGCGCUGCACGCGCGCAACGCGGAGUACAACCCGAAGCGUUUUGCCGCGGUGAUCAUGCGCAUCCGCGACCCGAAGACGACCGCGCUCAUCUUCGCGUCGGGCAAGAUGGUCGUCACCGGCGCCAAGUCUGAGGACGACUCGCGCCUCGCGUCGCGCAAGUACGCGCGCAUCGUGCAGAAGCUCGGCUUCGACGCCAAGUUUUCCGAGUUCAAGAUCCAGAACAUCGUCGGCUCGUGCGACGUCAAGUUCCCGAUUCGUCUCGAGGGUCUUGCGUACAGCCAUGGACAGUUCAGUUCAUAUGAACCUGAGCUCUUCCCUGGCCUGAUCUACAGGAUGAUCAAGCCCAAGGUUGUCUUGCUCAUUUUCGUGUCUGGCAAGAUUGUCCUCACGGGUGCAAAGGUCAGGGAGGAAAUCUACACAGCGUUCAACACUAUUUACACGGUGCUAUGCGAGUUCCGUAAGCCGUGAAUGCGCCCUCCUCUACCAAUGCCCUACCGGCGCCCGACGUGUUCAUUGCCAGCCUUGACGCAUGGCACGAUUACUGUUGGUGCGCGGUUCCUAUAUACGAAAAACGUGAUCAGGGGUUCCUUUGGCAGAGGAGCGGACGUAGUGCACGUGAGAUGUUUCUCUCCCUCCCCCCUUCGAUAUUCACAGUAUACCUUCCUGGACUUUGCCCUUCGUCGUUCGUUGUUCCGGUGCAUCACAAGACAUAAACUUCACGCAAUUAGGGUAGUCAGCCUACAGUAGCCGUUCUAUAUUAGUGUGUGUCAUUAUUGUGCUCGUAGUCAAUGUAUUGUACUUUCAC